AGCAAACACUACACAAAAAGGGAGCAAAUACCUCCUCCUCCUCCUCCGCACACAAAAAACAAACCUUAGCAUUCAAUUAAUUUCAUUUCAUUCCAUCUUAGUCUUAUAAUGAAUACUUUCACCUAGUCACUUUGUGCUGAGAAAAGGAGCAUACCUUUAUCAUACAUAACCAUUCAAAACCUCUUUUUCUGUUCAUGGGUAGGAACAAAAUCCAACUUUUUGAUGACAAAAGAGAUGUGUUUUUCUCUGUUUCUAAUUUAUUUUCUCAAUCUCAUGAGUAUUACUAUUAUCCUUGUGGUUUGUUUGCUAGUGUUGGUCAAGUCGGAAUAGGUUUUGGUGUUCCACAACCAAACCCUUCUGAUUCUAAUUCCCCUGAAAAUGUUGAUGACCCUAAAUUUCCUUUCAGUGAAUUAUACGUUAAGUAUAUUCAAUCACUGUUGAAAUUCGAGCCUAAUGGUGUUACAGGGAAGGGGGAAGGUGAAGAAGUUGUUAAGGUGAAGAAUAAAAAUGGUGGGUUUAAGCUCAAGAUUAAGAUAAGGAAUCCUUCUAUUAGGAGGUUGUGUAGUGGAGCAAUAGCUGGUGCAAUUUCUAGAACCACUGUGGCACCUUUGGAGACUAUUAGGACUCAUUUGAUGGUGGGAAGUAGUGGUCAUUCUACUGCUGAGGUUUUCCAGGAUAUUAUGAAAACUGAUGGAUGGAAGGGUUUGUUUAGGGGAAAUCUUGUUAAUGUCAUUCGGGUUGCUCCUAGCAAGGCCAUUGAGCUAUUUGCUUAUGAUACGGUAAACAAGAACCUAUCCGCAAAGCCUGGAGAGCAGUCCAAACUCUCAGUUCCUGCAUCGUUGAUUGCAGGUGCCUGUGCUGGAGUCAGUUCAACUAUAUGCACGUAUCCGCUUGAACUACUCAAGACUAGACUAACUAUCCAGAGAGGUGUUUACAAUGGUCUCCUUGACGCUUUCGUGAAAAUAAUUAAAGAAGAGGGCCCUGCAGAACUUUACAGAGGCCUGACACCUAGUCUUAUUGGAGUUAUUCCAUAUUCGGCUACCAAUUACUUUGCCUACGACACUCUGCGGAAAGCAUACCGGAAAAUUUUCAAACAAGAGAAGAUCGGCAACUUUGAAACCCUUUUGAUUGGUUCAGCGGCUGGUGCUAUUUCAAGUACUGCAACUUUUCCACUUGAGGUGGCUCGCAAGCAUAUGCAAGUUGGAGCUCUCAGUGGAAGACAGGUCUACAAAAAUGUGGUUCAUGCCCUUGUUAGCAUACUAGAACAAGAAGGGAUCCAGGGUCUAUAUAGAGGGCUUGGACCUAGUUGCAUGAAGUUAGUGCCAGCCGCUGGAAUCUCUUUCAUGUGUUACGAAGCAUGCAAGAAGAUAUUGAUAGAUAAUGACGAGGAGGAAUAGGCUGAGUCAAUUGUUUUUGUUUCCACCAAUGCCAAGUUGCGGAACUGCUGCAUACUUUUUUGAUACAUUCGUCAUUUGGUUAACUUAUUUUUGGUUUCUCUUGUUUUACUGGAUUUUUUUUCAACCCCUCUGAGAAUGGAAUGUUGGUUUUUUGUUUAUUUAUGUUGCUGCCAGGCUUUUCAUUGUGUCUUGGCUAUACAUCUUCAAGUUCAAAAUCUACUUUGUAAUCCUGUUCUUUUUGGAAAUUGACGGUAGACUACUCACCAAUCAUAUUUUAUGAAGUUGAUUUUUGUUGAGCAAGGUA